AUGUCGAACAAGCGCCCUACAAUGGACCUGGGCAAUGUCCUAGUUGUUGGAGGCUGUGGGUUUCUAGGCUGGCACAUUGUUGACCACCUGCUCAACUUCCCGUCCGAGACCGACUCCAGCGUCGCCCUCCCCAAGAUCGAAGGCGACGCACAAUUCGACGUCCCCAAUCUCAAAGACCGGUAUCCGCAAUGUAUAGCAAAGGUUCACGUGGUGGAUUUGCGAACGUCGAAUAACCGCCUCCCCGGUGCGCAGUACUACGAUGGCGACAUCACCUCCGUCGAGUCGAUGCUGUCGGUAUUCCGUACCGUCAAGCCCGACGUGGUCAUCCACACCGCUUCGCCAUCGAUGUUGGAAGGGAACAAGCCGUUGCUGCGGAAGGUGAAUGUGGAUGGGACGAAGACGUUAGUGGAAGUUGCGGGCGGCGCGCAUGGGGAGUGGGGUGGGAAGUGUAAGGCGUUUGUGUACACGAGUUCGAGUUCAGUGGUGCAUGAUACGCAGAGUGACUUGAUUAAUGUGGAUGAGAAGUGGCCUUAUGUUAGGGGACCGCAGCAGUUGGAGUAUUACUCGGAGACUAAGGCGGACGCAGAAGAACUCGUCCUCAAGUACAACCAAACAUCUCCCUCGUCCAUGUUGACCUGCGCCCUCCGUCCCGCUGGUAUCUACGGAGAGAAAGACACCUCAUUCACCUACAAGAUCCUGGAACACUCGUCCAAGGCGUCGCCGUUCGUCCUGAAGAUGCAGCUGGGCGAGAACAACAACCUGUUCGAUUUUACCUACGUUGGUAACAUCGCAUACGCCCAUCUGUUGGCGGCCUACCGCUUAUGCGCCACCAAGAACCGCUACGACGCCGGUCAGAGCGCACCGCUGGACCACGAGCGCGUCGACGGCGAGGCCUUCAACAUCACCAACGACUCCCCGGUCUACUUCUGGGACAUGACGCAUGCGGCCUGGGCAUUGACCGGAAAGUACGUCGAACCGGACCAGGUGUGGGAGCUGCCCGAAGGACUGCUGGGCCCUAUUGGUGGUCUUGCGGAAACCGUUCUGGGUCUGUUUGGCAAGACACCGCGUCUGACCCGACGGAUGGUUCGGUAUUCGUGCAUGACGCGGUAUUACUCUUCUGACAAGGCUAAGCUUCGCUUGGGUUAUCGACCUAUUGUUCCUGUUGAUGAGGGUUUGAAACGGGCUGUUGGAUAUGUGUUGGCGAAUGAGCAGCAGAGUACUGGCAAGAAGGAUCUAUGA